GCAUCACUUUGAGGAUUGAAUCAUUUGUCGUGGCGGUGCAUUUGCGUGGACAACAAAGCCCAUUGACAAGUACGCUGGCGGUGUCGCAGGGCUAAAAAUAAGGCAGGGGCCCGCGGGCGGCGGCAAGCAGCGCGAGGCGAAAGGCAAUCGCAAUCGCGGCUGCUUCUACGAGGCAGUUAGUGUCGAGUGUCUGUGGGGCAGGGCGGCAUGAAGCGCAGCGUGAGCGCCGACCGGGCGCCGCGGCCGCACGAGCUGCAGCCGUUCAACAACGUGAAGCCGGCGCGGCCGACGCUGCGGGCGUCGAGCGUGGGCUGCGACGUGCGCUGCGGCUGCCAGUUCUUCGGCACCGACUCGCUGCUGCCCGAGAGGCGCGCCCUCAUGCUGGCAGGCCGGCCCCUGGGCAUGGUGCCGCCCUCGUCCGCCUCCAGCUCGCCCAGCGGCAGCUUCCGCUCGCCGGUGCCCAACCGGACGGGCGUCCUCCGCCGCGAGGCCUUCAUCGCCGGACGCACCCGCUCCUCCGAAGCCGCCGCCGGGGACCACGAAUACGAGCCCGUGUCCCCGCGCCGACCUCCACAGGUCCUGGUUUCUGGACCUUACGAUCGAUACGAGCCUGAAUUAGGAAUGGCACCAGGGCGGGAAGGCUCCAACGACAGUAACGACAGAAUUCUCAAGGAGAAAAAAUUCCUGCACCACGACUCAUUUGACGAUGAAAUGACGUACUUCCGACGAGCUCCGCUGAACCAGCAGAACAGCGAGGAAGACCGCAUUAUGGCCAUAGAUGAACAUGAUCACGGAAUUGAGCGCGAGGAUGCGGCCCCAUCACCUGCGGGUACUGCAAGUUCAAGAACAGACAUUGAGCUCAAUACAAGCCAGGUUGAUUCCUCAGCCCUGGAGGAUUUACCGCUGUCCCGAGAGGCACGCAGGAAACAGCGCCUGGAGAACGAAGCGGAGGAGAGGGGCCCCGGUGCCGCCGCGCGCAGCCUGCAGAGCAUCAGAAACCAGGCCGGCCGCCUUCGCGCCAAGAUGCGGGCGAUGAAGCGGCCCAAGAUCAACCUGCCCGACCGACCCAAAUUCAACAUGCCGGAGAGGCCGAAAUUCAAAAUGCCCGAGCGGCCCAAGUUCAAAAUGCCGGAAAGGCCUAAAUUCAAUCUUCCGGAUAGGCCGAAAUUUAACCUUCCCGAGAGGCCCAAAUUCAACUUCCCAGACAGGCCGAAAUUCAAGAUGCCUGAAAGGCCAAAUUUUAACUUCCCGAGCAUCAGCCUGCCGCGUCCGCGCCGCGUGCUGCGCGAGAAGAAUGGCGAGGAGCAGUCGGUGCACACGGACACGCCAAUGGUAGAUACGCCGAGCAAACGCAACUAUUUCGACUUCAAGACCUACCCGCGGCUGUUCGACCGCAAGAACAAGCGCCGCGAGUUGAACAUCAGCGCGCCGAUGCAGGUGCGGGCGCCACGUCUUCCUCCGGUUGAAUUUCACUACGACGAUGAAGAGGAGGACAUGGAUCCGAUCAAACCGGAGCUGCCGCCGCGUCGCAGGGGCUCGCAGGACAGCAGCAAGAACCGCUGGGCCAGCAAGUUCUCCGAACUCGAGUACAUGGACGAGGAGAACUAUAAGGAGCUGCGCAAAAACGGCUCUGUGCAGCCCUUUGACGACGAGGACGAGGAUGAAGAAAUCCGGCAGCUGCAGAAGGAGCUGCGCAAACAGCACUCGAACGAUUCGGAGCAGGAGUGCUCGGAGUCGCUGUCCGGCUUCCGGGACAGGGACUUCGGUUACACGUUGUCGCUGGUGAACCGGCAGGCCACACCGCUGAACAACCAGCAGCGGCAGCAGAACGUCAUCGUCCCUCUGGACGACGAGGAGGAGAUCAGUCUGCCUGGAUCGGACCAGGAGGUGAACCACUCGUCGGGCAGCAGUUCGGACAGACGGCGGCAGGGCGUCCUCGAGGAGAUCAGCUCGGAUGAAUUCUUUCUACGCGAGAAGGGGGUUAGUCAGGACGACGUCGACGUUGAGAGGUACCUCUCGAGGGAGAUCAAGGAGACCUUCCGCCCGACAGUGGACACGGAGGCGCUGCUCAUGGAAAACUCGACCGUCAACGAGGCCGACCUGGCAAGGACCUACCGCGGCACCCCUGAACGCAUCAGUCCGAGCCACAAGGCACGUCCACCGCGCAAGACAAGGUCCAUCAAGAACUCGUCCAACCUGAGCACCCCGCCGGCCUCCGAGGUCGUCACCAAGGAUAAGGAGGAGGACGAGCAGGAGCAGGAGGUGGAGAAGAAAGAGAAUAAGGAGGAUACGUCGUGGUACUUUAACACGUUCCCUCCCAACAAGCCAACCAGGGAAAGAAGGCGGCAGCUCCGCCACGAGCGGCACAAGGCGAGCACGAUGACUCGCAAGGCUGGGCCCAAGGCUCCACAGCGCAAGACCAAGACCAGGUCUGAGUUCACCAUCGGCAACACCAGCGACUGGAGCGUCGCGCCUGAUCAGGAAUGGCUCAAUAAUCUUGAAUCGCACAUCGUACCAAAAGAGGUGGAAGCGCAGUCAAAUGAGCCGGAUUACAUUAUUCCUGAAGUCGAAACUCCUUCUGCGCCAAAACGUGGCAGGAAGCAGUCUAAACGCCCAGACGAAGACGCGCGCUCCUACAUCUCGUAUGUGUCCAAGGCGUCCGACAUGACAGAGGAGCCGGGCUACGCGUACGUGGUGAAGCCGGGUGUGAUUUCAUACGAGCAGACGCAGGCGACGCCUCCGCCGAGGCGCGCCAGGCAGUUCCCGACCGCGCAGCGCAGAAAGAAGUCGCGUCCGCUGAGCGGCAAUGGCGCCAGCCACUUCUUCACCAUGCCGCACCGCAAGCCGAUGCCGGUGCGUCCCUCGCGCAACUACGCCACCCUCGGGCCGUCGCGGCCUCCGCGGAGGCAGCGCAGAGCCUCGCUGGAGGACGUGCGCAGCGAGAGCCUUCAGUCGGGCGCCGUGAUUCAGAAGAUGAAGGAGAGGCCGCUGCCGCCACCACCGCGUCCUCCGAGGAAGGAACGCGGCCAGGACGGAGAUCUCGACGCCAUGGAAGCCGAGUUCGCGGCCAUGUCCGAGAACGCGCCACUGGCCGAUGACGAGGACUUGGACAUCAUCAGGAGCCCUGAGCCGCAAACCGCCAAGAAAGACGUCAGCCCCACGCAGAGCGAGGAGCACGUGAUAUCUGCCCACUUGACUCUAGAAAAUUCAGAGAUAGUGGUGAUCCAAGAAGAUGUUAAAUCUGAAAAAGAUGACCAAAAGGUGCCUGUUGAAGCUCCAAGAGAAGUUGCUCCAGAAACUCAGGACGAAGUUCCUUCAGUUCCUGCCGAGGCUGAUACGGAAAUUCCUUCAUCAACUCAGAUAGAGCAGGAAGAUCAGGAAAGAUUCAUCGAACCUGAAGAAGGGAUAGAACUACCAGAUGAAAUUGAGAGACUCCAGGAAUCUUUUCCCGAUGUUGCCUUGCCAAUUGAAGAACCAACCCCUGAGCUUAAAGUCCAGGAAGCUUUCCAAGAAUCCCCAGCUCAAAUUCCACAGGAACACCCAGCUGAAAUUGUAGUGGAACCUCCUGUCCAGGUGGUGGUAGUUGAGGCCUCUGAAAAAUAUCCAGAGGUGUCUGUUGAGGCUGUUCCUCAGCUUCCAAUUGAGGCCGUCGAAGUGCCAUCAAGAGCAGCAGAGCCUAGCAUUGUGUCAUAUGAGCAGGAGCCACAAGUGGAAUCCGUUGUUUCUCUUGUGGAGCCUGUUAUUCCACAAGUAGAAGAAGUGAUUCCGCAGGUCGAGUCGGUUAUAGAAGAGCCUGUUUUGGUCGAAGAUGUAGUUCCAAGCAACCAAGAAAUUUCAACGCAAUUUGACGAACCCUGCGUUGAGGAAGUGACAGUCUCGACUCAAACCGACCCCCUACCUGAGGAUGUACUCAUUGGUGAAAUAGUACCUGCAGAAACAGAAGACGUCGCUUGUGGACCUUCAGAGGUCCAAGAGGUCCAACAUCAUCAACAACAACAACAGCCAAUAGUUGAAGCACCUGUCUUGGCGGCACCAGUUUCCUCAUCCUCUUCACAAAACGAACUGGCUCCGGCGGUGGCGGCCCUUCUGGAGGCCCUGCGCGCCGGACAGCUGCGCCUGGACCUUCUGGACGUGGGCAGGCUGAGCGUCAGUGAGCUGCAGGCGGGACGGAUGCUCGUCUCGGACAUUGAGGGCAUGAACCUCAACGUAGCUGACCUGCACAGCAACAGCGGCGCCCUGGUGCUCAGCUCGGUGCAGGCGCCGAUGGACGCGCUGGCCGAGGCCCUGCUGGCCGCCGCGCAAAGGAUGAUACCUCCACCACCACCACCCCCACAAAUCAUCCACGUGCCGUCGCCACCACCACCCCACUCGGACAUGCAGUGUCAAACGCAAACACCUAAAUCGACCCCGCCUCGGCAGCCCUCUCAGGCAAUCGAGGAUGUGGUGGAGGCCGCAGAAGCACAGCAGUUGGAGGUGCAAGAAGUGAGCAUUUCGAGGUACUCACCGUUGCCCGUAUUCACCACGGAGCAGGUGUUGGCGCUGCAGGCAGCCGCCCUGAGCAGCGUGACCCGCGAAAGGUCAAGAGAUCGCUCGAUGCCUCCACCGCCGCCAACGACCGAUUUCGGCGCCCCUCCCCCUCCCUUCCAGCAGCAGCAGCAGCAGGACGUUGACCCUGGCAUUUUGGAAUUGGGCAACAGGUUGGCCAGGGCGUGUUGUUGCGCCACCCUCUCUGCCCUGCGGAGGGUGGUCACGUACACUGAGCAGCAGGCGAACAGUUUGGCCGACGAAACGCGCGAGCGGAGUGGCCUGCAGAUGGCGCUGUGCGUGGUGCUGGUGCUCGUGGCCGGCAUCAUUCUGGUCGCCAGCAUGGGCGGCAACGGCGACGCGGUGCACCACCACCACUGGGACUUUUACAUGCCAAAGUGACACGUUCGUGCUAGCUAGUGAGCCUUGGUUUUUGUAUAAAUUUAAUAAUGUUUAUUGCUUGUAUUCUUGUAAAGGUUGUAAAUAAAGAGGGAAUGAAUUUUAAAACACCUUUA